AACCUGACGGAACUGCCGCGAUGCUGCUAAUCUGGGCACUAUCGCUGCUUCUGGGAGCAGUAGUAGGAAAAGAAAUCUGCUUCCCAAGACUUGGCUGCUUUAGUGAUGACUCCCCAUGGGCAGGAAUUGCGCAAAGACCCCUCAAAAUACUGCCUUGGGCUCCAGAAGAUGUCAAUACCCGCUUCCUCCUAUACACUAAUGAGAACCCGGAUAACUAUCAAGAACUUAUUGCAGAUCCGUCAACUAUCACAAGCUCCAAUUUCAGAACAGAUAGAAAAACCCGCUUUAUUAUUCAUGGAUUCAUAGACAAGGGAGAAGAAAACUGGUUGGCCAAUAUAUGCAAGAACCUGUUUACAGUGGAAAGUGUGAACUGCAUCUGUGUGGAUUGGAAAGGGGGCUCCCGAACCGGUUACACACAAGCGUCACAGAACAUCCGGAUUGUCGGGGCAGAAGUGGCAUAUUUUGUUGAGGUUCUUCAGUCAGCAUUUGACUACUCACUUUCUGAUGUCCACAUCAUUGGCCACAGCCUGGGCUCACACGCAGCUGGGGAGGCAGGAAGGAGGACCAAUGGGACUGUUGGACGAAUCACAGGGUUGGAUCCAGCUGAACCUUGCUUUGAGGGCACGCCCGAAUUAGUCCGAUUGGACCCCAGUGAUGCCCAGUUUGUGGAUGUAAUUCACACAGACGCUGCCCCUAUAAUUCCCAACUUGGGGUUUGGAAUGAGUCAAACUGUAGGCCACCUAGAUUUCUUUCCAAAUGGAGGAAAACAAAUGCCCGGAUGUGAGAAGAACGUUCUCUCUCAGAUUGUUGACCUAGAUGGGAUCUGGGAAGGGACUCGUGACUUUGUGGCCUGUAAUCACUUAAGAAGCUACAAAUAUUACUCUAAUAGCAUCCUCAACCCUGAUGGCUUUGCUGGAUUCCCUUGUGCCUCUUACAAUGCUUUCACUGCA